CCACAACCCACGUAACAGCAGUCGGUUCCAUGAGCUGACGGGGCUGUUCAACAUUUUCUAUCACCAUCUUCUUCAAUUCCCCACCCAAUACACAUUUAUGCAAGUCUUAGGUAAAUCACUUUGAACUGUUCAUACCACUGUUUCAUGAUCACUACUUCAGUAUAAGCUUGGUUAAAAUCUGCGAAAAUGGCCGGAGAAAUUGAGCUGGAAGCAAGCGGUUUCGUAAACCCUAGCGAUACGGAUCCUCUACUUCAGAAUCACCAAAAUGCUGCUUCUGGUUCAUCGUCGUUGGCAGCGGCGGCGGGUUUGGAUUCUACUGAGAUUACGUGUGAAGAUGUUGAAGCUGGAUCGAUAACCACUUGCCGUAUUUGCCUUGAAUGCGACGGCGAGGAAGAUGAUGAUCUGAUAUCUCCAUGCAUGUGCAAAGGCACACAGCAGUUUGUUCAUCGUGCAUGCCUUGACCACUGGCGAUCUGUCAAGGAAGGAUUUGCCUUUUCUCAUUGCAUGACUUGCAAAGCUCAGUUUCAUCUUCAAGUUGUUGAGUUGAAAGACAACUCAUGGCGAAAAAUUAAGUUCAGGCUAUUUGUUGCUAGGGAUGUCUUCCUUGUCUUUUUAGCUGUUCAAACUGUGAUUGGACUGAUUGGAGGUGUUGCAUACGUUGUGGACAAAGAUGGAUCUUUCAGAACUUCUUUUAGCGACAGCUGGGAUCGUAUUUUAUCAACUCAUCCUCUACCAUUCUACUAUUGUGUAGGGGUGAUUGGUUUUUUUGUGGUGGUUGGGUUUAUUGGGGUGAUAGUUCAUUGUACAUCUCUGAACAAUGAUCCGCGAAUGGCUGGGUGUCAAAACUGUUGUUUUGGGUGGGGAAUUUUGGACUGUUUUCCUGCAUCAAUGGAAGCGUGUUUAGCUUUGGUUAUCGUUUUCAUUGUUAUAUUCAUCAUACUUGGAAUUGCCUAUGGCUUUCUUGCUGCCACCAUGGUUAUACAAAGGAUCUGGCAAAGGCACUACCACAUCCUCACCAAAAAAGAACUUACCCAGGAGUACGUAGUGGAGGAUCUUCAUGGACGUUACACCCCUCCAAAACUCGAUCCAGAACAUGCAGACCGCCUUAGAAUGCUCAAGCUUUUGUAAAUUCCCCUAUACACAAUAUAAAAAUAUAAUAAUAAUAAUACUAAUAAUAAUAAGAGUCUGGUUUGUUCCAAGGUUAAGUAGUUGAAAUACCAGUGCUUUUACAAAAGUAUAAGAGUCUUAAUAGGAACGCAUGAUAAAGUCCUCCGUCUUGUUAUAUAAUAUAUA